AGCUGAUAUGUUAUCUCAAAAUGGCCAUACAUUAGCUGAUACAUUGCAUAAAGAUCUGUACUGCGUUACAUUUCUUUGUUGUGCAUCCCUGCUAAACCUUUUUUGGAAAUUUAAUCUUCCAUGACCCACAUAAUAUUUCCUCCACACAAGCUCACGUGCAUAUUCAUAUAAGCUGAUAUACAUGUAUGCCUUCAGCAACUGCAUGACUCACACCAUCGCCAUUGCUAAACUAACCCGGGAGAGAAAUACAAAUGUUUAGGUACGAGGCUGCGAUGAGCACGGAAAAGCAACGGCAAGCGCGGAAGGUUGUGGAUUAAGCCAUUGAAUCCUCUGCAGUGGGUGGGAGGGGGGCGAGAGAGAUUGUGUUGGAGAGGGAGAGAGAGAUGGGUCUUAUUCUGUCAUGUGCUGUUAGAGGCAACAGAAAGAGUGAAAAAAGAGAUGCAGGAGCAAAAGGACCCUCAGCCUAAAUCUGCCAACAGCCUGGGAAAGGCUCAUCCUGCCUUGAAGGCCUUUAUGUGUGGCUCUCUCAGUGGCACCUGCUCCACUUUGCUCUUCCAGCCUCUGGAUCUGGUGAAGACCAGACUGCAGACCCUCCAGAACAACAUGCACCCGGGUGCUCCUAAAGUGGGGAUGAUUACAGUGUUUUUCAACGUGAUCCGCACAGAGAAGCUGCUCGGCCUGUGGAAGGGGGUUUCACCGUCAUUUAUGCGUUGUAUUCCUGGCGUCGGGAUUUACUUCAGCACAUUUUACUCGCUGAAGCAGCAUUUCUUCCAGGAUGGGUCUCCGAAUGCAGGAGAGGCGGUGUUGCUAGGUGCAGGUGCCCGGUGCGUGGCAGGCGUGGCCAUGCUGCCCUUUACAGUCAUCAAGACUCGGUUUGAGAGUGGCCGAUACCACUACAAAAGCGUAGCUGGAGCUCUUAAAAGUGUGUGUCAGAACGAGGGUCCAAAGGCUUUGUAUUCUGGGCUCACGGCGACUUUGCUCAGAGAUGCUCCAUUCUCUGGUAUAUAUGUGAUGUUUUACAGUCAGGCGAAAAAGUCCCUACCACAGGAGAUCAGCUCAUCGUCUUUUGUACCUGUGGUUAACUUCAGCUGUGGAGUAGUUGCUGGUAUUUUGGCCUCUUUGGCCACUCAGCCAGCAGACGUGAUAAAAACUCAUGUGCAAGUGAAUCCACAACUGUAUCCCAGGACCAGCGAUGCUGUGCGCUUUGUUUAUUCUGAACAUGGCCUGAGUGGGUUUUUUCGGGGAGCGGUUCCUCGUUCGAUGAGGAGAACCCUCAUGGCUGCGAUGGCCUGGACGGUGUACGAGCAGCUGAUGGCCCGCAUGGGCCUGAAGUCCUAAAGUCGCCUUCUGCACGUUAUCUGUGGACUUUCAUACUGUGUUUGUGUGUGUCAGUUACAGAGAGCCUUUGCAGAUAACGGCAGACAGAUUUGGUGAAAACGAAAGCAAGCAGAGCUGGCUAAGCUACCGGCGAAAGAAGAGUCAUGUGUCCGUGUGUGUUUGUAUUUUUUAAGUGCAGUGAGUCGUGACACCUUGUGACACCUCUGACAUUGACAUUCCUGAAUCAUCGUGUGAGUUUGUCAGACUGUUUCCGUCCACAUUUUCAGAGUGAUGUCUUCGCUGAAACAUACCAAUGAGAGACGGACAGCUCACAUGAAAGUCCCGCUGGCACUUUUGCCAGCCAGCAUUUGCCAACAAUGACUCUGUGGGCAUCUUAACUUGAGCCUUUUCACUUCAGUUGAAAAUCCUUUUAGUGUAGAAUGAGACUUUAUAAAGACAUGUUGAUCAAAUCCUCCAGCGCUCAGACAAUCAGACAGAGAACCUGAAUUAACACCACAUGACUUACCCAUAGACCCCGGUAUUGACUGAUAAUUUUGCAUCUCAAUGCGAUGAUUUGUGCUAUGCUGCUGGUCUUUGGUGCGGAUGUUUGGAGAGACUGUGAAUUUAAAUCGCUGGUUUUAUUUUCUUUUACAUAACCUCGCCUGAAAUGAACAACAGUUUCCAGGGUUCAGACAAAGCAAGGGUUUUGCCUGAUCAAGAGUUUCAUCAGGAUAAAGAUUAAAAUGAUCAUUUGAAAUGGAAAGUAUCCGUGAUGUUUGCAAGUGUGUUGUCAACUUUGAUUGAUGUUGUUUUGUGUAAAUCUUGCUGUAAGACACCAUUGGUGUAUUGUGCAGCCAACAUAGGGUGAAUCUCAAGAUACCUGAAGAACUAAUAGUAAUAUUUAAUCUCCAAAAUCAUAAAAAAACUUAUUUUGGCAUUAUUACAUUAAUCUCAAAAUGCAAAAAAAUCAGUCAUAAAAUUGGUUCAUAAGCUUUGUGCACAUAAAUUCAGGUUGAUCUGGACAGUUUUUUAAAAACUCAAAGUCAGAAAACCUAAUUUGAAUUUGGUUUUGCAAAGAAAUGUGACGUUUUAUAAUGAGGUACACCCUGUACGCCUUUGGGUUUGUUAGUCUUUAUGAUGAUAUUUUGCCUAAAAACACUUUUUCACACAAUCGUGCUUUAAGCGUGAGUUUAUGUUAAGUGGAGGUUCAUAUUAAAGUAUGUAACCUAACUAGGUUUAUAUGUGUGUUGAGAUGAGUUAAUUAAACUGGAUCACACUACAUAGAUCUAUACAUCAUAGUUUGUUAAAGCACUUUAAUUUCUGUGAAGUGAACUCUAUUGAAGCUGAAACUGGUUGGUGUGUGUAUGUGUUGAUCAAACAUUGCUGUCUGUGCUUUGUGCUGUAUUGUGAAGAUAUUCUGUUGCCUUCACACAAUCAGUAUUGUAUAUUCAGCAUUUCUUAUUGUUAAUAUUUUGUGUGUGAAAAUACUUGCACAUGCAAAUGUUGUGCCUAUGUUAAACAAAUAAAUAAAUCUGCCCCAUUUUUUAAUUAAA